AUGUAUGGAAGACAACAGAAAGAACCGCGGUGGAAGGAAUGUACUAAAAGCACUAGGGAUCCAACGAAAUACGCAACUAGUGCGAUGUACAUGAGGAAAGCAUUCGACAAGAAAGCUUUGUACAAGGCAAAGAAAACGCUGCAUCUGGUAGCAUAUCCCGACUUCAUUCUAGAUGACAAGAAGGUUGACAAACAAUAUGAGGGAAUGCAUUUCAAUGACGAAGAUUCGUACGACGAGUAUUCAGACGAUGGAAUCAAUCGUUUGAAGAUGUAUUUAAUGCCUGAGUAUGUUUUCAACUCAGCUGUAGUGUACGCUUACUACGACACACAAAACUCUAUUAGUAAGCUGCAGAGACGACAAUAUGAUGCUUUAGGUAAUCUUAACACUUGGUGGGAUGAGGACGUGAAGAAAAAGUUUGAAAAGCGUGCCCAGUGCUUUGUCGAUCAGUACAGUAAGAUUGAGGUACCAGGUACUAAUCACGUUAUCAAUGGUGAACUUACGCUAGGAGAAAAUAUUGCUGAUAAUGGUGGAGUUAAACAGGCUUACAAGGCUUACAAAGCCUUUCUGCAAAGGUAUGGUGGGAACGAAAAGAGGAUCAAAGGCCUCGAAAAAUAUGACAACGAUCAGAUGUUUUUCAUGCUAUGCUUCGGUAAAGGCUUUUAG